CGGUUUCCUGGCCAGCGACGGGUCGAAGUUCUACUGCAGUCGGACGCAACAUGAAGGUCAUCCAAAAUGGUUCGUUCUGGGUGUUGGACAAGUCAUAAAAGGGUUAGAUAUUGCUAUGAUGAAUAUGUGUCCUGGAGAAAAACGGAAAGUGAUCAUUCCUCCAUCGUUAGCGUAUGGACAGCAAGGAUACGCACAGGGCAAGAUUCCACCCAAUGCAACACUGAUCUUUGAGAUUGAGCUUUAUGCAGUAAACAAGGGACCUCGCAGUGUUGAAGCAUUUAAUCAGAUAGACAAGGACAGUGACAAGAAGCUCUCUGAACUUGAGAUAAGCCAGUAUUUGAAAGAAGAAUUUGCAAGAGAUGGCAAAAAACGUGAUCCCUCAGUCCAUGAUGAAAUCUUAGCUGAUAUAUUUAAGAAGAAUGACCAUGAUGGAGAUGGUUUCAUAUCAGCAAAAGAGUACAAUGUCUACCAGCAUGAUGAACUCUAAGUACUUAAAAAAUCUUUGACUAUUUUCUGGACACUGAAUUUUAAAUAAUAAGACUUUGUCACAGAACUUUUGUAUUAUUUUUUAUAAUGGCAUCUUUUUAUAUCUCUUAAGGUGACUGUAAAAAUUUUUAUUUUUAACAUUCAUCUAAUAAAAUGUGUUAGAUACUUCAAAAGAAAGAAAUAAAAUUGGGAAACACC